AUGCGUGGCUACUUUAAAGGCCUAGGGCCCAAUCUGGUUGGCGUCAUUCCUGCAAGAUCCAUCAACUUUUACACAUACGGCAACGGCAAAAAGUUCUUUACCGAGCUGAACAAUGGCAAAGAAACGCCAGGCGUGCACCUUGUUUCAGCAGCAACGGCAGGCAUUGUCACGUCCACGGCAACCAAUCCUAUCUGGGUCGUCAAGACCCGUCUGCAACUGCAGCCUACGAACAGUACAGCAGCAGUGCGUCGAUAUACCAACAGUUUAGACUGUACCUUGCAUAUAUUGAAAGAGGAGGGCAUCCGCGGGCUGUACAAGGGGAUGAGCGCGUCGUAUCUGGGGGUGGCGGAAGGCACGAUCCAGUGGAUGACGUACGAGCACUUGAAAAAAAAGUGGAUUGCGCCGCACCACCACAGCAAGCACGGCAUUGGAGGCAAGAGUAUCGAAGGGUGGAUCGGCAACAUUGGGGCAGCGGCGGUGGCGAAGCUUGUGGCAGCAUGUAUCACAUAUCCUCACGAGGUGAUACGCACACGACUGCGACAGCCUGCAGAGGCGAACGGGAUUCGGAAAUAUACGGGACUGAUGCAGUGCUUGCGACUGGUGGCCAAGGAGGAGGGCGUGUCUGCUCUGUAUGGUGGCAUGACAGCCCACUUGAUGCGUGUGGUGCCCAACGCGGCCAUCAUGUUCUUUUGCUACGAGGCCAUCCUGCACACCUUUGGUGGCGACGACAAGAAAGAGCAAACCACGACGACGACCUAA